AUUCCUUUGAUCUGAUCGGUGUCUUGUCUCGCGUUUUGGCCUCCGAAGAGGAUGCAAGAGGAUGUAGGGAAAGUGCGCAAAGUGUAGAAGAAACAAGUGUCAAUUGUAAGACAGAACGGCAGAACGUAAUCAACGUGAGUCAACGUCAACAUAGGCACGUAGGCACGUAGGACGUAGGCUGUCGUGUAUGCGAACCGCCGGCGCACUCGCAUUUUGAUAGUCACGUUCGAAAGUGGAUGUACGGAAUAACCUCGCACAGCUCAUCCGCAGAGGAACGUACGCAAUGACAGAGAUAGUGGUAGCCAACGACGAGGAGCAGUUACUCUCGCGGAUCUCUAAUCUUGUGGCUCGCGCCGCCGAUGACGCAACCUCGCGUGAUGAUCGAAUCUUUCGAUUUGGAGUAUCAGGUGGUUCAAUAGUGGAAUUACUGGCCAAGUCUUUGCCUAACAUCGCGACUGACUGGAGCAAAUGGCGCUUCUUUUUCUGCGAUGAACGAGUGGUACCUCUAGAGAACUCUGAUUCUAAUUUUGGCCUGUAUAAAAGUUGUCUUAUUGGGAAAUUGCCUGUCACUGAGGAGCAAUUCAUAACAAUUGAUCCAGAAUUAACUGUCGAGAAUGCGGCGAGGGAUUACAUUAAAAAAAUGGCCUACUUCUUCCCGCCGGACAGAUUACCGAGAUUCGAUUGUUUGCUAUUGGGCCUGGGGCAAGACGGGCAUACAUGCUCGCUCUUUCCGGGUCAUCGGGCUCUCGACAAUGAGAACAUGUGGGUUACAUGGGAAUUGAACGCACCAAAACCACCACCUAGUAGAAUCAGUCUUACCAUGCCGGUCAUUAAUAAUGCUCGCAUGUGCAUAUUUAUUGCUACCGGUGCCAGCAAGACCGAGAUCGUCAAGAGGGUCUUGAAAGACAAAGAGGAUUUGCCAGCCACGAGAGUAAAUCCAACUGAUGGCACUCUUUUUUGGCUGCUCGAUCAGGAAGCAGGCAAGCUACUUAAUUCAGACUGAAACACGAAAUUAGCCCAAGAUAAGACCGCUAUAUAAGAUUUGCACCAAUUUUAUAACAUUCCAUACCAUACAUUAAGAUCGUCUUGUAAUUUUAUUGUAAGCCUUUUUUUAGCUUGAUAUUUUAAUACAUGCUUUUUUCACUUAAUUUACUAUAAAUUGAUAGAAUAUUUGAAUAAGCAUGUGUUCCUACCAAAGGUAUAUAAAAAUAAGCCAUCAUGAAAAAAUCAAAUAGGUAACUUUUGACUGAUAUUGCUCAAUAAUAUCGUUUAUAUAAAAAAAAUGUGUAAACUUUAUUGUAAAUUACUCUGCAGAUUGUAAAAAGACAAAAAGAAAUUUAAUAAAAACAAAAUUUGCAUUUUCACAUCAAAAAAAUAAGAGCAUUCAAUAAUAAAAUUAGUAGAUUUGUGUUAAAAUAUAUAAUUUAAUAAACAAAAAUUUACUUAAAAUUUACUAAAUAUAAAUAUGUACAUAACAUGAAAUACGAGAAAAUUUAAUUUAAUAAGCAAAUUGUUUCAUUAUAAACAUUUGAUAUUUCUUCAGAGAUUUUACUUCUUCAAAUCAUUGUGCUGUUCCAAUUUUUUUAGAAGAUGGGAAAGGGGGAAAAAUUUACUUCAUACACUCGCAAAUUUUUAAGUAAAAGGGAUAAAUAAGAAAUAUAUCUAAAUAUGGUGCCUAUUUAUUAGAAAUUGAAAGUCAUAGAUUUUAUAAACUAAAUAUAUAUGUAUUGUAAUAAUAUAUUGCAAAACUAAAAAAGCUCAGUGCCUUUCAAUAAAGCAAAAUAAUAAUAAAUUCACAAUUAUGUUCCAACAUAAUGUAAUUUUGUGAUAAAUAUUAUUGCAUUUAUUUUAAUUUGAAAUAAUGCAAAAAAAUUGUACAAUACAAUUUGCGUAAUUUUGAUGUUAAUUAUCAUGGAAAUUUAAUAUUUCACUAUUAGAUUGUAAAAAGAUCAGAUUAUUUCUUAUUUUUUGAAUCUCUGUCAUUUAAUUUUUCAUAUGUAUGUAGUCUGACAAUAAAAUUCGUGAUAUAUGUGCAAUAUACACAUACCUAUUGCUAAACUGGAAUGCAAUUCCCUAUAAAGUAGUUCUUUUAAGAUGCUAUAAAUAAAUUUCAGCGUUUUUCUCCCAUUU